UAACGUGAGCAGUCCCGCCGUUAAAAUUUCUCAUUUUUGAAAGACCGGAAAACAUUUAAAGCGUCAAUUUGAGAAACCUGAAAACCCAUUAAUUUUAAAGAGUGAUGAAAUCUUUCGGUGCUGUUUUUUUCGGGUUCAGAAUGUUUACUCCGCGAUGUGUGUGCUACCAUUCCUAGACAAAAACGACUUUAGUUGUCCUGUAUUAAGCUGUUUCAAUCGUCAAAUUUUCCGCUCCGAUUGUUGUUUUGUUAAAGAGUGUGUUUGACGCCAGGAGGCGUCUUUGGUUUUUCCCCCUUUUUUAUUUUUUCUAAGUUUUAUGAUGGCAAGUGUGAGCCAUGAAAAUGAGGAUCUUUUUGAAGUGGUCAUUUCCGGGAUCAGUGGAGCUUUCCCAGAAUCAAAGGAUGUCUCUGAGUUCCGGGAAAACUUAUUCAACAAAAUCAAUAUGGUAUCUACAGAAAAUAUCCGCUGGAACGCAGGCCUUUGGAAGAACAUUCCCAAUGCUACGGGUAAAGUUAAAAACUAUCUGCAGCUUGACGCAACAUUUUUCGGACUGCUCCGUCCAUUGGCGGACACAAUGGAUCCUCUGGUCAGAAUCACCAUGGAGAAAGUGUACGAGGCGAUCGUGGAUGCAGGUGUGAAUCCCAGCUCUUUGUAUGGAAAGGACACCUUCGUCUAUGCUUGCUCAAGCAACAGUGAAGCCGAAAGUUGCACAACUUGUACCAUUCACUCAAUCAGAUCAUACCUCUGGCUCAUGACGCAUGCGCAUUGUUACCUUGCAAAUCGUAUAUCAAAUCUGUUGAAUCUUCAUGGCUCCAGUGUGACAACUUUUUCAAGCUUCACUGGUGGUUUGGAUAUUCUGAAGUUGGCUGCAGAUGACAUCAAAAAAGGGCGAGCAAAAAAUGCCUUAGUCAUUGUCUCAAAUGUAGUUCAGUACCCUGAAGUGAUGAGAAGCCAUAACUCGCUAGGGAUGUUAAGUCCAAAUGGUGAUACAAAACCUUUUGAUGAGGACGCUGACGGCUAUGGACGAAGUGAUGGAGCAGUGGUUCUAUUCUUACAACGAGCUGAAGAUGCAAGAAGAAUCUAUGGUAGAAUAGCUCAUAUCAACGUAAGCCAGGGAAAUGAUGUACCAAGAAACAUUCUCUCUGUCAAGCCAGAAUCCUUCAAAGCCUUUCUAUCUGAGUUUUAUACCUCCUGCAAAGUUCCACCUUCAGAAGUCUCCUUUUACGAAGCCUAUGGUUGCGGAGUCCCAGUGAUUGAUGAGGUAGAAUUAAAUGUGGUCACUGAAUUUUUUUGCAAAAAUCGGAAAAGUCGACUGAAAAUUGGAUCAGUAAAAAGUAACACUGGCCACACAGAGGCAGCAUCGUCUUUUAUCUCCAUCAUAAAAGCUCUAAUUGCUCUAGACUCCGGUUUCAUUCCCCCAAAUAUCAACUAUCACACUCCGAACUCCAAAAUUCCUGGUCUCACGGAUGGUCGGUUAGAGGUUGUCACUGAAAAAGAUGCCUUAGAUGGUGACUACAUAGCAGUCAACUGCUUCAAUCUGUUUGGAGGAAUAGGUCAUAUUCUGUUGAAAAGAAGUAAUCCAAAAGAAACCGUUUCCAAAUUGCCUAGCUCUAUACCAAGGCUAAUUCUGUUUUCAGCCAGGCAUGAUCUGGGUGUCGCUGAAGUCAUGACGAAGAUAGAAUCAGGACCAAUGAGUUCAGAUUAUCAUGAUCUAGUUCAAGCAGUUUUCUCCAAAAAUAUUUCCGGUCAUUUUUAUCGUGGAUACACAAUUCUUCCAAUUGAAGAACCAUCACCCAUACAUGGAUCACUGGAAAUGAUCUCUGAAAAUCGAUCUGUGUGGUUCAUUUGCACUGGGAUGGGGUGUCAGUGGACAAGUAUGGCAAGCGAGCUCAUGUCAUUUCCAGUGUUCACCAAAUCAUUGCAGGAGUGUGCAAAAAUUAUGACACCCUUUGGAGUAGACUUGAUAGACGUUAUCACUCGAAAUGACAAAACUAUUUUUGAAAAUAUCAUAAAUUGUUUUAUUGGCAUAACGGCAAUUCAGAUUGGUCUGGUGGAUCUCCUACUCGCCCUUGGAAUUGUGUAUGAUGGUAUCAUUGGUCAUUCUCUCGGUGAAACUUGCUGUGCGUAUGCAGAUGGUUGUUUUACAAAAGAGCAAGCGAUGAUGUGCUCUUAUUUUAGAGGAAAAUCAUCGAUUGAUGCUCCCGUUUCAAAUGGACUUAUGGUAGCUGUUGGUGCAAAUUAUAAGGAACUAAGGGAUUUACCUCCUACUGUUGUUGUUGGAUGUCGAAAUUCUUCAACCAGUUGCACAUUGAGUGGCUUAGCCGAGGAUGUUACAUUAUAUUGCAAUAAGUUAAAGGAACGGAACAUUUUCCACAAAAUUGUGAGUACAGGCAACCGAGCAUACCACUCGCAAUACAUUGUUGAAGCUGGCAAGCAGUUCAAGCAAGAUUUUCAGAGAUUUGUGCCGUACCCAAAGAAGAGGUCGAGCAAAUGGAUCAGUUCUUCCAUACCUGAAGAACUCUGGUCAACAGAGCUGGCAAGUUAUUCAUCAGCGGAGUAUCAUUAUAAUAAUUUUGUCAAUACCGUGCUCUUCGAUGCUGCAUGCAGUCAUAUCCCAGAAAAUGCUGUCGUCAUAGAGAUUGCUCCUCAUGGUCUCCUUCAAUCUAUCCUUACAAGAGAGCUUCCAGCAAGUUGCAUCCACAUCCCACUCAUGAAACGGGAAGCUGGCAAUCAAGUUAAGUUUCUGCUCAGCGCAAUAGGAAAGUUGUAUACUGCAGGGUUAGAGGUACAGUUGGAUGCCCUUUACCCGCCUCCAAAGUUCCCGAUUUCAUCAUGCGUUCCAUCCUUGGUUCCUUUGAUGACGUGGAAUCACUCUGAUGAAUGGAGCAUCAGUGAAUUUACUGGAGACGAGCCAAGAACAAUUACAAUUGAUUUGAAGUCAAGCAAGUUUAAGUUUCUCCUUCAUCAUCAGAUCGAAGGGAAAAUAAUUUUGCCAGCAGCAUUCUUAUUGGUUAAAUUAAUGGAAGACCUGUGCAAGCUUCAGAAAGUGGAUUUGAGUAGUUCUGCAAUUCUUGCAGAAGACUUGAUCUUUGAGAAACACUUGACGCUAGACAUCAACGAUAAUCUUGAAAUCAUUGUUCAGCGAAGUGUAGCAAAUGGAAACUUUGAAUUUUUCCAUGAGAGUGGAACAUUGUUAAGCGGCUUUAUGAACGUACUGCCUUUGGACAACAAUAGAAAAACAUCUGAAGAUAACUGGUAUGAGAACAAUAUGUCCCGCUUCAGUCAGUUGAGCUGCCAGAACAGCACCAAUGUUCGUUUUGAUAAAAUGGAUCUUGUUGCCUUGUUUGAAAGCGUCGGAAUACAAAUUUCUAGUCCUUUUGAUCUUGUUGAGCGACUUAUUCUCAACGAAGAUGAGUGCCUCGUAUCUGUACGCUGGACGAACAAUAUUGUUGCUUUCUUGGAUGCAAUCCUGAAUGUGCAAGUCGCUCUUGAUAUAAUUCUAAACACUGAUUUUGUACCAUUACUUCCCAACAGUUGUCACAACUUAACUGUGAAUUUUGCAGUUUUCAGCAAUAUUCCUGAAGAUUCUGUCAUACCCGUUUUUGUGGAUCUGAAAUUAAGGUGCAUCCAAACCAAAGGAUUAAACUUAUCAGGACUUCAAACAUCGCCUGUGUCUUUAAAAGAAAAUCCCAAACUUGAAGUGAAAACGCUCAAAUUGACACAGAAUAUUAAUCCUCCAUUUAUGAAUUUACAGCAGUUUCUAGACUUGUGCUUACAAUUGAUCAUAGAAAUAGUCAGUGCAAAUUGGGUGCACAGUGGAACAUACAUUUCGGUUUUAGAAUCAGGAGGCAAAUUCAUGGGUUCUCAAGUUUCUCAACAAUUUCGGCUCGUUUGUAAUUCUCAGUCUGACGUUUGUGUAGAUUUUCAAUUAGUAGAUGGUUUCAAGCAUUUUCCUUCCGUUUUCAAUCACAACAGUGUUAUAAUUGACAUUGAAGGCGGCUUCAGAAUUGAUUUUAAUAGAUGCUAUGAUGGAUUUUAUCUUACUUCUGUACCCAAACAUGAAGAUCUUCUAGUAGAUGCGAGCACAGCUUUGUUAUCAGAAUUUGCUUUUGAAAACAGAAGAUAUGUUUUACUAAGAAAGGUUCCAUUCUCGGAAGCAAUGCGAGUAAUCAAAAUGGACAAGAUUUAUUUUCAAGUGUCUGUGCAAGAAUAUGCUAUUAAUGUCGAUGGUGUGCUUGUUUUUGUCUGGGAGAAGCUUGAAAAUAUUGAUCCUCUCAGGAUUUUCCUUCAGGUCAAAAAAUCAAGUAUACCGAAGGAGUUCAUCAGGUUAGUUUUCAUUCUUGAUCCUGAUGCAAGAUCCUUUUCACUGGAUGAUCCAUUUUACCAUCAGCGUCUAAAAUGUGGACUUGUUGUUAACAUACUUAAAAAUGGUCAAUGGGGUGGAUUGAACCACAUGUCAGUACCAGAGCAAGAUUGUUGCCCACAGAAAAAUUUGUUGUCAUUGCCGUUAGAAGAUUCAUUUGAGAGAUUCAACGUACAAUUAAGUCACAUUAGCGUCAACCUCAAGGACCUAACCAUUGAUUUAAACACAGAGCGUGAGGUUGCGGUACAUUACAUCGACUACGUAGGAUUGGAUCCCGAAAAGAAGAGAAUCAUUGGCUUAGCUCACUUUGAUGACGAUUCUUCAAGUCUCCAAUUUGAUCCGACCCUAAAAUGGUUUGCGCCUGAAUCAUGGUCAGAUGAAGAAGUGGCAACAAUUCCCUAUCUUUACAGCCUGGCUUAUUAUAUGUUGGGAAUACUUCCUGCUUCAGACAUUAAAAAUAAACCCGUACUAAUUCAUGGUGGCAGCUCUGCUGUGGGUCUGGCAUCUAUCAGCGUUGCCCUAGAACUCGGAGCUAUUGUAUUAACUACUGUUGAAAGCAGUGAAAAGGCUCUCAUCGUUUCCAAACAAUUUUUGCAGUCCAAAAACUUGCACAUAUUGCUUCUUGAUGAGAUUCUUGAUUUGAAUGUACGAUGUCUAACAAGAAGAUUCGGAGGCAUUUUUGUUGCUAUUAAUCCUUUCUGCGGCAAUUUGCUGACAACUUCUUUAAACCUCCUCUCUCACUGGGGCUGUUGUAUCCAGCUAGGAAACCUUGAGAUGAAGAAUAAAAUUAAAUUAGGCAUGAAUGUUUUCUUGAAGGCUGUUUCCCUGUAUGGGUUUGCAGAUGUUGACCUAUUAAAUUGUCCUGCACAGUUGAAAAAUGAAAUCCAUUCUUUCAUAGCUGAAAAAUUAAGAACCUUAUCUUUAAAACCGUUACCUAAAUCAGUAUUCAAUUGUGACGACAAAACUGGUUUAUUUAAUUUUUUGAUGAAGGAAAGUCAAGGCAACAAAGCAGUGGUGUCCGUCUUAAAUUUCAAAGAAAAGGAGGUCCAAACUCAUCCUAUUCAAACAACGUUUUUAGUCAUUGCUUCAAAAGAGAGCAUGUGGCUUCAGUUGGUUUCCUGGCUUUUGAAAAAUUCUGCCAAAAAAAUCAUCAUAGCUUUAUGUGGAAACAGUGCCAACAAAGCGUUAGAACACCAGCUGUUUCAGUUGAUGCACAAAUACAACAAGGUUUCCUUCCUACUCUUACUUGAUUCUGAAAUAGACACGAUUCAUGGGACUCAAAACAUGAUGAAAGCAGCCGGUAACCUUGGUACCUUGAAUGUCAUUCUUUGCCUAUCAUUGGAUAAAGCAAAAUUAAGGAACAUUGACUUAGUCUCCAGACAGAUGGGACUAUCUCAUUCAUACUUCAUUAGCUUAUUGAACGAUUCCGAGGAAUUAUGCCAUCUAAGGACUUUAGACUGUUAUCCUAGUUUAAAUGUAGAAUUGAAAGGUCAUUCAAGGAAUCUCAAGUACAUUCUACUGUAUCUGAAAAGUAUUAUCAGUAGCAUAGCUCUGAAACAAGAUGUAUUUCCAGCCUCAACCAUUUCAUUACACCAAUGCCAAAGUCAAAAACCAAAAACAGGUAAUUUCAACCUGUUACUGCCAACAACAGUGCGAGAUUUAAUAGACCUAAGUGGGGAACUAUCUCAGUGUUGCGUAUUUGAAGAAGUCAUGACUCGAAGCUGUCCUUAUAAAUUUACAAAAGAAUGCAACCCAAUAUUUUUUAUUCCUGGGUAUAGUUGUAAGUCCUUAAAAAGUAUCUUCAAACGUCUGAUGUAUCCUGCAUUUUGUGCAACUCCCACGUUCUACUUUGAGUCGGCAGAAACAACUGCCUUAGACUUAUUUCAGUCAUUAAAACGAAUUAAGCCUGAAGGAUCGUACACAAUCGUAGCUGAAACAUGGAGUAACUGUGUUGCCCUUGAAUUGAGUCACUUAUUAGAAAAUAAUGGAGACAUAGUCAAAAUUAUCCUUUUAAAUGGUUCUCCAGAAAGCGUCAAGCAACAUCUCCUCAGUUGUAAAAAGGAGUUUCCAAGUCUUAGUCAGUCUGUUAGUUUGCCCAUCUUGUUGCUGAGGUUGGAAGAGAUGGAUCUCAAUACCUUAGCCAAACGAGCACUUGCUACCUCUACUAAUGGGUUCUCAAAUAAAGAUAAAGAAAGGAUUAAGUGUAGUUUAGUAUCCAUUCAAACUAAACUGAUGGCUGCUCAGUGCUACAAAAUGAGGUCUCAAAAAUUCAAGGGUGAUGUAAUAAUAGUCAAACAGCGAAGCUCUUCAUCCGGAGUGUGUAUGGAACUUCUCCAGAAUCUGAAUGAAAACCAGUAUGUAUAUUUCUCUGCUGCGGAGAGCUAUGAAUGUUUAGUCAAUGAUCCUGAAGUUGCCACCUUAAUUAAUGAAAAUGCAACAAUGGACUGGAUGUAGCAUUCUUUUCUUCAGAGGUUUUUUCGAUCUCGUUAAGUUCUUCCCCUGCUUUCUCUUUUGAGUGAAAGUUCUCUCCAAGAAUCUGUAGUUGCCUCUCUAAAGUAGUGAAAUGAAUGCAUAAUAUUAUAAAAUCUCUCUUUCAACAGGUGUCAAAAGUAAGCCUCGAUCAGAAAUUUUGCUGUGUAAAAUUUUCAUUUUAAAAAUGCAACUUUUCCAUGUGAACUUUAAUUUGACUCAGAAUUUGCAAGCCCAAAAUGAAAAAUUCGGCCACUUUGGACUGUUUUAAUUGUAUGGCACACCAGGAUUUAUUUCUUCUUUUUUUUCUUUCUUUCUUUGGUGAAAUGAAAUAUUAGAGCUAUUUGGGAAAAAUAAGUUCUUUAUUAAAACAUAGAAGUGGAUAUAGACUGAUUAAAAUAGUAGGCCUAAAAAUUAUAUUGCAUAUCCAUAUCUAAAAUAAAAAAAUGCGUAUCUUCUAUAAUUGGGACACAGCAAGUCUCUGUUCAUGUUUUAUAUUUUCAAGUACUACUAUCUCCUCACUGCUCCCUAUGCUUUUCAGCAAGACCAGCCGUUGGCUUUGAAAUAUAUGAGCAUAAGGACUAAUUACUAGCAGGUGCAGCCACUUGUCUCUCCAUUUCUAUUUUGUUCUAUUUCUGUUUCUCUCUACAUUCUCUAUGAACUUCAUUCACUCAUUCAAAAAUAUUUUGAUAUUUACUAUUUAGGUAAAGAGUUAAGGAGAUAUUUUCGUUGGUUCUCUUUGAAGAAAAAAAAAAUUAAAGGAAAAAAAAAAAUUAAUUUAGAAAUUUUUGAACAUUGCAUGAAGAUGUGCAUUUUCGACUGUGGCCAUCGAUAUUUAAGCUCUUUUGAAUGCGUGUUUUUCUCAGUGUUUAUCUAUACCCAAUUUCUUCUUUUUAUAUAGCUUUCGUAAAGAUGCUUUUUAUCAUUGCGAAAAAAUGAAAAUCACACUUUUUUAUCAGACUAAUUUUUUAAGAAGAAUUUUAUGUGCACUCCAAAGUAUAAUGAUUAUCAAGCCCUUCUCUCAUAUUUCAGACUGGGCACAAAAUGUUUCUUUGAGAAAGAUUAAAAGUCAUUUUUCCUUAAAUAAAUGCUUUAUUUAUUCAA